UGCUCUUGAGGAAGGGAGGAACUACAAGCAGACGAUUUAAACGUGCGCACAAUCCUCUUGUCUGCAAAUGUUUAAGAGAAACAACAUUAUUCAUUAAAAGGAUUGAUGCAAGUGUUCUGUUACUAAUAAAAAACGCUUAGACGACGAAUAAUUUCACCGUAGAAAUAAGAGCAAUAUAAAAUGGCUAGCAGCUGAAAAUUGAUAUGCUGUGGCCAGAAUGUCAAAAAAAGAAGAUUCAAGAGGAAAGAAAGGUUCUCACCAAACUGAACUUUACGCAGAGGUGCCUUCGACAUGCCUGCCUAUUGUCUAUUCCCCAGAGUACAACAUCACCUUUAUGGGUCUGGAAAAGCUGCAUCCCUUUGACGCUGGCAAAUGGGGCAAGGUCAUUCACUUCUUGAAAGAGGAACAGUUCAUCACCGAUGAGGUCAUUGUUCUAGCCCGGGAGGCCAGUGAGGCGGAUCUUCUUGUGGUUCACACUGCGCGUUACCUGAACAGACUCAAGAACGCUAUCUUGGAGGGCUCCAGAGAGUGGUCGCUGGUGGUUGCCACCAUCACAGAAAUCCCACCUCUCCUGUUCCUGCCCAACUUCCUGGUACAGCGCAAAGUUCUAAAACCCUUGAGAACGCAAACGGGAGGAACCAUUAUGGCUGGAAAGCUGGCAAUGGAUCGAGGAUGGGCAAUAAAUGUGGGAGGAGGCUUCCACCACUGCUCUAGUGACAAAGGAGGAGGUUUCUGUGCCUACGCUGACAUCACACUAGCUAUCAAGUUUCUCUUUGAGAGGGUGGAGGGAGUUGCCAGGGCCACCAUCAUCGAUCUAGAUGCCCAUCAGGGAAACGGCCAUGAGCGAGAUUUCCUGGAAGACAGACGCGUUUACAUAAUGGAUGUCUACAAUCGCCACAUCUAUCCAGGAGAUGGAUAUGCAAAGAGGGCGAUUAAACGAAAAGUGGAGUUGGACUGGGGCACAGAAGACAUGGAGUAUCUACAGAAGGUGGAGCUCCAUUCAGAAGGGGCGCUGAAUGAAGUACGGCCCGACAUCAUCAUAUACAAUGCAGGCACAGACAUUCUUGAUGGAGACCCUCUCGGAGGUCUGGCUAUAUCCCCACAGGGUAUCAUAAAGAGAGAUGAGAUCAUCUUCAGGGCAGCCCGUCGACGAGGAAUCCCCAUCCUUAUGGUGACGUCAGGGGGCUACCAGAAGAAAACCGCCCGCAUUAUUGCUGAUUCCAUCUUGAAUCUGCACAGACAGGGCUUGAUUGGUGAAGAGGCUGUAGAAGGUGCGGGACCCUCACAUGUUCCGCUCAUGAUGAGCAAAUCUGUGUCAUCAGGGGCCAUGUUCAGUGCCAUUUAAACUCUCCUGAUCUUGGACCUUGUCAAAGGCGCUAUUCUAUUACCUAAUGCAAACAUUUAGAAUUAAUAUAUAAUGCUCUGGUCAGGGAUCUAAUGGUAGUUUGGACUGAAAUUGACUCAGGAUAGUUUUCGUAGUUCAUUGAUUUGAACUAUUUAACUCGUAUAUUGCAUUUUCUUUUUGAGAUUGGGUAAUAUUUUACAUUUUUCCAUCAUUUCUUAAGGAUCUUUUUUGCAAUGCUUGUUUGCACAUUAAAUUUUCAAAGGAAUAGCUUACCCAAAAAUACAUUUUGUCAUAAUUUGCUCACACUCCAAAUCCAUUCAGUUUUAUUAUAUGGAAAAUAGCAUUUCUCGUUUUGUGUUCCACAGAAGAAAGACGAUUAUACAGGUUUGGAAUGACAGUUUUUUCAUUGUUUGGGUGAACUAUUCCUUUAAACCAUUUUGAUUGGUGCCCACAAGUUGGCAUUGAAAGGGAAUUGAUUUCUUCUCAAUUUCAAAUUCAAAAAAGAAAUCUAAUUUCAUUCAUACAUUUUUCUAGAAAUCCCCAGUUUGAGGUACAAACACAAGAAAAAUAUACCGUAUGCCAGGAGUUGAUUUUAUUGAGCGAUUUGUGGCAGCUCUCUACAACACUAUAUUAGAUUUACUCAAAAUGUAAUUAUACCAUUAUGAAUCAAUUUUGGAUUCAUUACAGAUUCCUCAUUGCGUCGACCUGCUUUGCUAUCACGCCUUAAAUUAUUCUGUGACAUUAAAUGGAAGUUGCUCUUAGGACAUGCUUUUGUGACCAGUUGGUUUUAGCAGCACGCUGGAAUUCUCAUUUGUGUGCAUCAGCAGGUGGACCACUGUCAGGCUAAGUGCUUUCUAACAUAUUACUCCUGGCAGGCUUUUGAAACGUCUUCGGGCUGAGGCCGGGGCUCUCUCUAUUAGGAAAUGAAACUCUUCAUUGGAGAGUCUGAGAGACACUGCAGUUGGUUACCAGUGACAGUUCUUAAGCCGUGAUCUUGUCUGCCUCAAUUUAACAAAAUGUUUCCUGUCAUCUGGAGAAUAAAUAGGAGAUGAUGACACUGUUUUCUUUUUAUGGUCAGAUUUUAAAUUCUAGUUUAGAAUCACAAUUCUCUGUAUUUUUUUUGUAAUUUUAUUUUUAGACAUCAACUGUAGAACAGUCUACUAUUUUUACUCAAGGAGUUCAUUACUCCACACAUACAGCAUUUACAAUUUAAUUUGUCACUUUAUUGGUAUAAUAAGCUUUGAGUUUAUUUAAAGAUAAUUUUCUUCCCAAAACAUAAUUUAUUCACCCUCAUGUUUUUCCAAAUCUGCUUGACUUUGAAGGACAAGUAUGGAGGGCAUUAUGAAAAAAAAAAAAAAAAAUGAGAUGGGAAGAAACGUUUCAAUGCUUUGAAUGUUGUGAUUGCUUACAAGGUGAUAAUACAAUAUGUGGAAAUAAUAUGGUGAAAAACGCAAAGUUUCCAAAGGAACACAAAGUUUCUUAGUUGAAAGCAAAAGUUUUGCAAGCCAACGUAUCAUUUCUCUGGGAACACAAAUGUUUUGCAAGUGAAUGCAAAAGCAUUGAAAUGUAUAAUUCUCUUUACAUCUCUUAUUUUUCCAACACAAACCUCUGGUUUCUAUCCACUUUCCUUGUGUAAAAGAGAGCCGCAUGAACAUUCUCUGUAGUAUCUCCUUUUUUGUUCUGCAGCAAAAAACAGAUCUGAAACAAAAUGUGGUUGAGUAAAUGAUGAUAGACUUUUCAUUUUGUUAAUGAACUAUCCCUUUUAUUGAUCUUUUUUUUUCAAGCUCAAGGUUGGUAUUUAGAGGGUUGUCUUCUUAAGGAGCGACUAAUGAGCUUUGUGGUAGGCACUUCUCCUCAGGUUGGAGGUUUAAUGGUCAUGGCUCUGUUCUCUAGUGACAAUGCAUGAAAUUUGUAGAAACUAAUGUUAGUGGACCUCCAAACCUUUCUGCACUAAAUUGCUCUUAGAGCACAGAAUAAAGUAAAAACAUUGCUCUGUUUCUUUGAUCAUCCCAGCCACCCCUACCUAGCAAAACUGCAUCAGCCAUCGGUGUGAUUUUGGGGUUGAUCUAUAUUUCUUUGUGACUAAUGGCAGAUAAGGGCUGCGUCCGAAAUCACAUACUUUCUAAAUAGAUGAUUCUUUUGAAUAAGUGAUUACUUGGCAACAGUUAAAAAAACUAGAUAGUAUAAAUGUAUAUAAUGUGAAUGGAAUGCAGAUGUCAUCCAUGCAAUUUUGGCCUACUGUUUUAUGAGUACUGUGAAUUCAGACCAACUACUUCGUUCACUUACUGUUUUUGCUUACUAUGCAGUAGGGAAAUAUGCGAUUUUGGAUGCAGCCGAAAUAUCUUGUGGCGCUAUAGUAGUACAGAAACUACACACAUCACGUUUAACAGUAAAUUAACAUGUAAUUUUUAAAACCUACUGAAAUUAAUAUGAUUGUUAUUUAUUUUGUGAUUUGUUUACGCUGAUACCCCCCAUUCCACAUAUCCUGGUUUGAGACUUACUGUAGGUAAUAAAAGUUAAGAGAGAAGAACACUAAUUUAGUGAGGUGUUUACUCUUAAGGGAAUGGCCAAAUUUGAGCAUUAUUAAUGUUGUUUUAGGUUCUGGGUUAAGGUUAUGAGUCUGAUAUUGCUCUCGGGUGCUGGAGGGAUCUUGGUAAUGGACGCUAAUGAGUGUAGUAGGGCUCUUUUCAUUCCUUUCCUUUCUUUUUCUCUUUAAUGAAAUUUGUCAAAAGGAUGAAAAUGGAGGUCACUUGAAAGACGUGAACCCUUGAGGUCUAACUAGCAGUUUAAUGGAUCUGUACAUGAAAAGGACCACCUUGGUCCUGUUUGAACAAAUUACUUACUGAUGAGUAUUUCAUAUGCUCAUUUGAUAAUAGCGGGUGGUUUUUUUUUUUUUUUGGUUGUUUGUUUUUUUUCUGUCGGAACACUAAACAUCUUAUGCACUUAUUGUGAUCUGUGCCACUUUAAGAAAUGUAUAUUAAUUUUAUUCCUUUGUCUUGAGUUAUUUUUUUUUAUAUAAAAUUACUUAAAAUUGAAGUAGUACUCUUAUUUAAUCAUAUCUUGUCUAUUUAAACCAGUGUUUUAUGUAUAGAGAUACUUCUUUACUUGGGUAAAUUACAGUACAUUUAUACACAAAUCUAUAGAAAUGGUGCUUUGUUACCAUCUAACAAAUGUGCCAAAUGUCUUCAUGUUGUGUUUGACGUGUUUUGUACUUUUUAUUUAAUACCAUUUCCAUGUAAGAACAGGGAAAAUAAAUCAAGUCUAACAAUGCAA